UGCGCGCAUGCAAACCGGCAUUCUCGUUCUAAAUAUACGCGCUGAGUAUAAAAAACUGUGACAUAUAGUGGUCGGUGAAUGAAAUAAAGUGAUAGUAAACAGUGAAAUUUAUUUAAAGAUUGAAAAUGGAGCCGCUAGUAGUGGAUGUAGUGCAUUUCUAUCCGAAGGAGAACGCCCAACCACAUAAUACUAUGAAAUAUGAAGUGGUGAAUGAUGAAAAUCCCACAACGACAAUAAUCCGCCGCGGACAACCCUUCAACGGCGUGGUGCGGUUCAACAGGCCCUACGACGAGGAAACAGAUUUAGUACAACUCGUGUUCUCGCUUGGGGACAAACCACAAAUGGACACCCAGGGCUCCGUGUUCCUGAAACCUGACGCGAUAUCUGACAAACACUCCUGGAGCGCCAAAUUGACUCAUGUUCAAGAAGAUACCCUGUCUUUUGAGGUAUCAACCCCAGUGCAUAUCCCCGUUGGGUCCUGGGUACUCCGAGUCGUUACCAGAUUGAAAAACUCUCCAGAACGCCAAAUAUACGACUUCGAUCAAGAUAUCUACAUUCUAUUCAACCCUUGGAAUCCCGAUGAUCAGACCUACAUGGAAGAUUGUAGUUUACUGCAGGAGUACAUCUUGAAUGACGUCGGUAAAGUGUGGGUGGGGCCCAUAAAGACUACCAGAGGCAAACCGUGGGUCUAUGGACAGUUCGAUGCGGCAGUUCUACCGGCUUGCAUGUUCAUGUUGGACAGAGCUGAAAUGCCGUUCCAUCAGCGUGGAGACCCAAUUAAACUGACUCGUGCCAUCUCCCGCAUUGUGAACUCCAAUGAUGAUGCUGGGGUGCUAGUCGGUCGAUGGGAUGGGCAGUACGAAGAUGGUACAGCUCCGUCGGAGUGGACCGGCUCUGUGGAUAUACUGCAACAAUAUUUAGAGACCCAGCAAGAGGUGCCAUACGGCCAAUGUUGGGUAUUCGCUGGCGUUGUGACAGCAGUGUGCCGUGCUCUUGGCAUCCCAUCUCGAGUGGUCUCCAAUUUGGUAUCAGCGCACGAUGCCAACAAUUCCUUGACAGUUGACAAAUACUACACGGAACAUAUGGAGGAGAUGGACUUUGACCCUAACAAUCCUCAAGGCGCUGACUCCAUCUGGAACUAUCACGUCUGGAACGAUGUCUGGAUGGCUAGACCUGACCUUCCUCAAGGAUAUGGUGGUUGGCAAGCUAUUGAUGCAACUCCUCAAGAAACUUCAUCAGGACUCUACCAGUGCGGGCCGGCUUCAUUAGAAGCAAUCAAGCAAGGAGUAUUGGGCGUGGCUCAUGAUGUGGAGUUCAUGCUGGCAUCUGUUAAUGCUGACCUAAUGCGCUGGAGAAUAGACCCUGAUGAUGAAUCUGGCUAUUCAGUAGUUGAUACUAAUAAUUACCACAUUGGCCGCAUGAUCCUGACCAAGAAGCCAUUUGUCUUCGAUCCUAUUGGUGAUGAAGACCGCGAAGAUAUCACCGACCAGUACAAGUACAGGGAGGGCACCGCCUCGGAACGACUCGCCCUCAUGAACGGAGUACGGUUCUCGGAGAGAGCUAAGAGGUAUUACUCGGUAGCUACCAACCUCUCAAGUGACGUCACAUUCAAGUUACGUGAGCUGGACAGUGUACCAAUUGGUCAGGAGUUCAGGGUCGCCGUUGAUAUACAAAACAAUUCAGAUCAGGCUCGCAAUGUAAAGGCAUCUCUGUCGGCAACCAGUGUGUUCUACAAUGGGGUCAGGGCUGACGUAGUUAAGAAAGUUGAAGGGAAAAUUUUCUUAGCACCAAACAAGAAUGAAGAAAUAAGCAUUCUAGUAACGGCGAGUGACUAUUUACCGAAGUUAGUGGAGUACUGCAACAUGAAGAUAUCGGCGAUGGUGAUAGUUGAAGAGACCAAGCAGUCCUGGGCAGAUGAUGACGACUUCCAAAUUCUCAAACCCAACAUUAAUAUUAAGUUCAAUGAAGACUUGGUGCUCGGCCAGCCAUCCACGGCGGUGCUGUCAUUUGUCAAUCCAUUGGAGGUGACCCUGACCAGUUGCGAGUUCAGGGUGACAUCUUCAGGUAUAACGGGCCGCACGCUCCGCCUGCCUGCCGCAGAUGUAGCUCCCCAGGGUCUGUUGACUGCUGAACUACCUGUACAGCCUAAUAAACUGGGUAAAAUUAACAUCGUAGCAACUUUCAAAUCGGUUGAACUCAAGGAUAUAAAUGGUGCCGCCAGCGUGGAGGUGUACGAAGGAUAAAAUACUUUACUUAUAAUAUAAGAAGGUUUAAAAUAGAUUAAUAUAUAAUUCUUGAUGCAGUCAUUUUGAUAGAAUAAGCAUUACAAUAUUUGUUAAUUUAUUU